UUACCACAACAAUGAAAUAAUUAUGAAUGCCGCUGCGAGACUUCAUCAGAGGAAUAUCUAUUGUAUUAUUUAUUCAGUCCCCUGGUUCAGGAGAACACAUAUAAACUUCCAGCCAUGCUCUUCCCCAUGCACACACUCUCCUGUCUGCCUUUCAAAGCGGUGGCUUGCUCCUGCCACUGUUUUCAACUUCAUUUCUCCAGGCCCUGGGAUGCUUUGCUUGGACAUUGCCUCUGAUAUGUAGCCAUGACUGACCCUAACAGUCUCAAAGGACUAUUGCAGUCUGCGCAGUGCCAGUUGGAGGACGUUCAUUCAUCAGUAAGCGGUCAAUACUCUGAUGGGUUCAUAGCUACAAGCGAUUACUCAACGCGGAACAAGCUGCCUUCAGAUGGAAGGCCAAACCAGAGGCCCAGUCCAGCCGUGGAGACCGAUGUUUGGAGAAUCGUCUCUAUUGAAGACAGCAACAAGACUGCAGCAAGACCAGCCACGCGAACAGAAAACAGACAUUGAUAUCAGAUGACGGGCUUCCUCAUCUGUCCAGACCCCCUGCUCUUUUUACCUGAACCCCAUGGGAGGUUGAAUAUGGAGAGGGGAGGGCGAAGGGUGUCCAGAGCGGGAGGAGACACGGAUGGAGAUGGAUAAAUAUUUGCCCCAAAUCACCCCACUGGUUUCCCCAAACAUUACGGAUAAGAAGUACCGUCGAGAUAGCGCCUCAGUGGUGGAUGAGUAUUUUGCAGAUGAGAAGCCAGCCCCUUACAGUCUCAACAUCAAUGUUAUCCUGCCCAAUACCACACACCUUCGCACAGGCCUUUAUCGUCCAAACAAACCUCAGGUGCAUCAGAUCAAAAUUGAGCCAGGGGUGGACGAACCCUGUAGCAUUCAGACACUCCCCGAAUUCACCUCCGUCUUCAGCAUACCCCAGACGGUCAACAGCCUCUUCAUAAAACCUGACAUAAACGUCACAGACGAGCUCCACAUCGGCCCUCAGCAGCCGGCGGUCUACCAGAUGCCCGUCAGCAGUAGCGACCUUACCACAAUGACCUUCUCCCAGAGUCAAUCGAUGAACGGAAUCGGUGCAUCCGGCAGGACCAUGCUCAACCUGAACACAGUGGCCUUGACGACGCAAUCUGGCGAAUUUGUCAUGCCCGAGCCGUUCUACACUUCACCCCAGCCGCACAGUUUGCCUCCGUCACCCCCCAACUCCCAGCCCGGCAGUCCCGAGAACCAGGCAGAGCUCAUUACCUCUGUUCACCCUCCCCCGCCGUACCAGGCUAGAAUUGGAAUGAAGGUUGGACAGAUGACCCCUCACUCCAUGCUAAUGGCCCAUGGUCAGGGCGUCCUCACGGGACCCAGAUACAACCGACGGAACAACCCUGAGCUGGAGAAGAGGAGGAUUCACCAUUGUGACUUCCCAGGAUGCUCCAAAGUUUACACAAAGAGCUCUCACUUGAAAGCACACCAAAGGACUCACACAGGUGAGAAGCCGUACCAGUGCAGUUGGGAAGGAUGUGACUGGCGUUUUGCCCGCUCGGACGAACUGACGCGGCAUUACCGCAAACACACCGGCGCAAAACCCUUCAAAUGUGUCGCCUGCAGUCGCUGCUUCUCUCGUUCAGACCACCUUGCACUGCACAUGAAGCGCCAUCAAAACUAAGGAACUUCACAUCCCUACUUUCAACUUUUAUAACAGUUUUAGUGUUCUAAAUAUUUCACAGUCAGUUAUGUACGAAGAUCAAACCAAUGAAAGCUCUGCCGUACCAGCACUCCAAACAUUUAUACUGUCAUGAAGAGGACUGGACAUCACAACAGCAUCACAACAAAGUGCUCCAGCAGAAUGUAUACUACUGUACAUAUGUUUUGUAUGUGUAUGUGUGUAGAUUAAUGUGAAAAGAUGUUAUGAGUUUUAUACUUGACCUCCAUCCACUUUGUCUGACUAAAUUUGAAAAUGUUCCUUUGGGACCGUCUUCCUAAUAACUUGAAAUGUAAAGUUUGAUUUUUUUUAAUUCCAAGGUAAUAGUUAAUUGUUAAUUUCGGCUGACAAUAACACAUAUUUAUAUGGAAUUUCCCCCUCACAAAAAGCUGUUUGCUUUUGGGUAAGAUGCUAUGAUAAAAAAGUUGUAACUCUAAUGUUUGCUGUUCUCACAGUUGUGUAUCCAUGGAUACAGAUCUUUAUGAGACUGUUUAAAAAUAAAAAAAUAAAUAAAAAAAGCUCUCAGAUCAGUCAUCUGUUUGACAUUUCGGCUCUUUGAAUACCAGAAAAAAGGCUGAUGAAUGAGGCAAAUGCACUCACAAAAGCAUUUGAGCAUGUGUGCCAAAUUUCCAGAAGAAUAUUAGCUAUUCACGUGUAUUUCACAAGACAGUUGAUUGUUUUAUGCAAACCCGAAAUGCAACAUUGUCAUCUAAAACUUUAAAGAAAUGAAGAAAGUGCAUCAAUCCCUCAUUUUUUCCCAAGAACAAAUUAUUCAUAUUAGUUGUGGACAUUGUAGCAUUUGCUUUUUGUUAUGCCCUUGAGACCUGUCUUGGGCUCUAUGCAGCAUCGUGACCGCAGUUUAUAACCGCUUACAAGUUCUCAAGUUCCCUUUAUUUGUAUACAUGUCCUUCACUUAUGAGGGGAACUCUGAUGGAUCAAAAAAUACUGUACAUACUGUAGUUAAACUUCUUGUAAAUACUUUACUCUUUGAAGAUAAUUGUUUUUUAUUAUGAACAAAUGGGAUUUUUUUUGUUUUGAAUGUGGGUGAAUUGAGUUUGUAGAUCUUGCAUGCUAAGUGAUCGGUUUAGCAUUUUGUAUGUACUUGUUUGAAUACAGAAUUUUGGAAAAUAAAAGUAUAAUUACA